UGGAACCAAACCCCAGCCAAUACUAAGGGCCCACUGUAUGUGUGUGUUAGCCAUUCCAUAUAGUAAGCAACUGUCUGUGUAAGCAAUCUAACAUUUAUAGAAAUAACACUAAAGCAGUAGCAUUUUUUAUUAAGCACUCCAAAUUUUGGUGUGGGGUUUUAGGAGUUCAGAAACAUCUUGAUGGCCACAGUUGUUCAUCUCUGGUGUUGUCCUUUCUGAUGCAACCAUUACAAGCCAUAUACAUGGUCAGUAUAUCUAUAUUUGAAAUUUUCUACAAAGUUCUCCUGGCGAGGCAAACCGUUUUUCUAUUUAAAAAUGGCUUGCUUGUUCAGCCUGCUUAAUCACAUGUAGGGACUAAAUUAAAAUCUGUCCUUCUGCACAUUGGUUACAUUCUUCUUAUUUAUUUAUCUACAGCAGUGGUUUUCAAAUGGUGGGGUGGGACCCCUGGGAGGAGCAUAAGAUUUGCUCAAGGGGGGAAGCGUGAGACUUGGAGGCCCCGAUUCCUGCCCCCUCCUUUUCCCAAACUUUUUAAUGUGUAAAAUUUACACAUGUAUUGAGUUAAUUGAUGCAAUUCAUUUUCAUUUGUCCAGUAAAUGAUUCAAGAGUUCCUGGUUCAGAAAUUUCUUAAAUUGGAUUCUAAAUAAAAUCUUGAAGAAGGCGUCAAACAUGUCUAACAUGAUGAGAAAAAACUGAAAAAAGGAAUGCUCAGUUGCAGAAGAAUGUGGAAUGCUAUGAAGAUUUUUAUUCUAGAACUAUAUUUUAAAUAGUCUUUCUGGAUCCCCUACAUAAAUGCAUAUGUAUAUUACUGCAGAGAUGGCUAAAAAUGGAACUUUGGAUAUUCCACAAUUGUUUGAUGGCAAAACCAUCCAAGAACUUUCACACCUGUUUUGCAUCAGUUUCUGUAGAAUGCUAUAAUGCUUUCUUAUUAAGCUGAAUCUGCUCAUCUUCAGCAAAUUAGACCUUAAAAGUGAAUAAAAAAGGAACCUCUGUGGAUACUUUUAUUGAACAUGACUCAUGGAGAAGAGCUUGUCUCUGAGAUGCACCAGGAUUCUGUUGUUCUAACUUACCUAGAAGGAUUACUAAUGCAUCAAGCAGCAGGAGGUUCGGGUUCGGUGGUUGACAAAAAGCCUGUUGGGCCUGAUGCAGAGGAUCAAAAUUGCAAGGUUUCUGGAAAUACAUCUCCCAGCUGUCAGAGAGAUGGUCCAGUUUCUAACACAAAUACAUAUCGAGGUUCGGGCAUGCUGCAUCACAAAAAAGCAAGGCUGUUACAGUCUUCUGAAGACUGGAAUGCUGCAAAGAGAAGACGGUUGUCUGAUUCUAUUGUGGAUUUAAAUGGGAAAAAAGAAGCUUUGUUAGCUGGAAUGGUUGAAAAUGUGCCUAAAGGCAAACAGGAUAGCACGUUAUUGGCCUCUUUGCUUCAGUCAUUCAGCUCUAGGCUGCAGAGUGUUGCAUUGUCACAACAGAUUAGACAGAGCCUAAAGGAACAAGGAUAUUCCCUCAGCCAUGAUUCUCUGCAAGUUGAGAAAGACUUACGGUGCUAUGGUGUUGCAUCCAGUCACUUGAAGACACUACUGAAGAAGAGCAAAGCAAAAGAUGAAAAGGAGGAGACAGGUCUGCCUGAGCUGACAGCAAAUCUGGUUAAAGAUCGUUUUGUAGAAUCUUCACAUAAAGCACAGGGUGGUGGCCCAAAGGUGAUGAGUGAGUCACUAUCUUGUGCUGCAAGAUUACAAGCUGUUGCAAGCAUGGUAGAGAAAAGGUCUAGUCCUGCUACAUCUCCUAAACCCAGUGUGGCCUGUAGUCAGCUUGCUCUCCUUCUUUCAAGUGAAGCACACUUGCAGCAAUACUCCAGGGAACAUGCUCUUAAAGCACAAAAUGCAAGUCAGAUUGCAAGUGAAAGACUUGCUGCUAUGGCAAGGUUAAAAGAAAGUGUCCCAAAAGAUGUUGCCGAUUUCAAACUGUCAAAAGGAAUGGAAAGCCAUUUGAAUGGUCAGGUAAGAUCUUCAACCAAAUCAGUACCCAACAAAAGCAAUAUGACACAUUUUCAGAGUCCUGUAAGCAUAGUCCAUUCACCUCCCAGAAGCAUAAACUACAAAGCAACUGUGGAGAGAAAUCAUUUUAAACCACCUACCAACAGUAGUUUACUGUUGCAUCUCCUUAAAAAUCACAAUGCUACUAAGCAGAUUAAGGGGUAUGAACAUAAUGAUAGAUCAAGUAUUUUUGAGGAGGGUAGUACACCAACUACUGUUGAUGAGUAUUCUGACAACAACCCAAGUUUUACAGAAGAUGACAGCAGUGAUGAUGAAAGUUCUCAUUCUAAUUGUCUUCCCAUAGAUCUGUCUUUCAAACAGAAAACAAAUACUUCAGAUUCUGCACCACCAUCCUCACUGGACAACUUAACACAAUCCUUGCUUCAUAACUGGGAGUCAAAAGUGCCAUGUCUAGAAAAUAUAGAAGAGAAAGAUCCAUCUAAAAGUGAAAAACUAAAUCCGCAUCAGAAAGUAACUUUACUUCAGUUAUUACUUGGCCAUAAAAAUGAAGACAGUGUAGAGAAACUUCCAGAAACUGAAGGAACAUUGAUUACAGCUGAUGUGGCAAAAUUUAAUUUACCAACAGGUAACAGAACUCCUGUGACAGAGUGCACUACCACAAGCCGAAUUACUCCAAUAAGCACUCCCCCUUUGCUAGCCUCUACAAAAGCAGAUUCACCCAUCAACCUUUCACAUCAUUCUCCUUUACUGAUGAAACAUAAUUCCCCACCAUACACUUGCAUCAUACAACCUGAGAGAGUAACAAAUCCAGCUUCUAAACACUUGAUAGAUCUUACAGUACAGAAAGAACUUCAAGGAAGUAAGCAGAACCGAAAAGAAAAGGUGCAAGCAUCUUCAUCUUUUAGUGCAAGUAAACUUUUGCAGAACUUAGCUCAAUGUGGGAUGCAAUCUUCCAUGUCCAUGGAUGAGCAAAGGCAAGCAGGCAAACAAGUGAUGACUCUAACCGCAGAGAAACCAAUAGGCCUGAUAGAUGGUCUAAAUAGCUCCCUGCUUGCUAACUCAUCAGGUACACUUGAAGAAAACAAAAUACUCAGUAAUCAGCCUCUUCCAGAACAAAAAUUUCCUAGUUCAGAAAUCCAGAAUCUGCUGGAGAGGCGCACUGUCCUCCAACUGCUUCUGGGAACCUCCAAUAAAAGUAUGAGUGAAACAAAAGAGAUAAUGCUUUCAAAAGAGGAGAGUUUACAAGACCCAGCAGAAAAGACUUUGAAUGAACAAAUAUUAACUGUAAAAAUAAAAUCUGAACCUUCUGAGGAAGCAAAUGCCCUUCAGAAUCCAAAUGCACAACAAAUAAGGGGCAAUGUUGGUAAGAAAUUUCAUGGAAUAGCUCGUUUACUAGAAAGAAAUGCAUCUACUUCUCCAUCAUCAGAAGAACCUAAUUCUAGCUCUAUGUCACCUCAAGAUUUUUCUUUUUCGAAAAACGGUCUAUUGAGUCGACUGCUUAGACAGAAUCAAGAUUGCUACUCUACAGACAAUCUUGACAGAAAUCACAGAAAUGAUGAACAAAGAUUUGUGGAAUCAAAAAGUCACAGCACCAUCCCAAAGAAGAGAAAGCUUCAUUGUGAACCUUGUGAAGCUCCUUUAAAAAUGGUAAAAUGUAACAGAAGUAACAUAUCUGAUAUUGCAAACAAUCAUAAGUCUUCUGCAGAUGUGUUGUAUGGGACAAGCCUUAAACAGAAUGAAUUGAAAUUUAGCAGAACUGAUCUUGAAUUAAAAUAUUCUUCAGAUCAUGGUCCAAAUAAUGAAAGUGAAACUAAGAGUUGGUCUAGAGAAAGCAAAGGAUUUAAUGUGUUGAAACAAUUGCUCCUGUCAGAAAACUGUGAAAGAGACAUGUCUCAACAUAGGAAUAAUUCAGCAGUAAUUGAUGGUAAAAAGAAAGCAAACAAAAACAACAUAACAAAUAAUAACACAGGUGAAUCCAGUAUUUCUUCAGUGCAUACACUUGUGGGGAAUCCUGGGCAACAAACCAAUUGUUUGGAUCACCAAACAUUUCAGUAUUCAGUUGCAAUGAAGAGUCCUGCCAGUUCUCCCUUCACUGAUCAGCUGGGAGGCACAGUCUCAUCAAAUCCUGAAUGUGACCAGUAUAGUGUUUGCCCUGUCCCUAGUGAAAGAGGGCCCAUAAAAUGGGUAAUCACAGAUUCGGACAAAAAUGAACAUGGCAGAGAUUCCCCAAGACUGACCAAAACUAACCCAAUAUUAUAUUAUAUGUUACAGAAGGGGGGCAGUUCUGUUAAUAUUCAGGAAGCACAUGGCAAAGAUGCUUGGAGUGAUAAAUCAUUUACAGAAAAUUCAUCAGCUGUCAUAUUCAAGAAAGAGUUAUCACCUGUUGCAGAAUAUAAAAUACCAUUUCAUACUGUGAGAAAUGCAUACAGUAACCAUUCAAAUAAUAAGAUGUCCCUUCAACACAAUGUGAAUGGAGAUGUAUAUGGACUCUUAGAAAAAGUGUUAACAAUAAAAAAAGAACCAGAGUGACUUAUAGUCAUAUAAAGUGUUUACAGUCAGGUUGAAAUCCUUACUUUUAAAAAUAGUGUUGUAUAAAUCUAGCAUGAUUUGAGAAACGCAUGGUGUAAGUGAAACAUGGUUUUGUUUGAUGAACUUUGUUGCUAAUAUUUAAAAUACAUGUUGCUUUUUUCCCUUUUCAUUUUUUCUCCUUCCCUUUUUGACUUUACAAGAAAUUUAUCACAAUUUUAUUGUUCAUUGUAUAAUCUGUAACUGGAGAUGUAGGUCACUCUUGCACAUAUUUUUCUGGUGUAGUAAAUGCUGCCAGUAUUCCUUUUACACUGGGCAUAAAUGUAAAGAAUUUGGUCAGUGUGUUCAAGCUUCCGGAUAUAUUUCCAAAUCAUGCAAAUGAUGGACCACAGACCUCCUAAUGUGUCAUGAGUAUGGUUUGUAAACAUGGGAGAGAAUUGAACCAUCUUUAAAAAAUAGGAUUGAUAUAGGAAUAACCACAGAGGCAGGAACAACUACACUAGGAAAUUACAUACAAAGAGGAUCUUAUUUGGAACUACUGGUAUUACGCAUGUAAUGCAAUGUAAUAUUCAGCCUACACUGAUGACAAGAGUGUUUUGCACCAUUUUAUCUUGCUAUGUAAUAUAUUUUACUUUUUACAAAAUUCUGGGCACUGGGGCAGUAUAAUUUUGUGUUUCUCAGAAAUUUAUGAAAUGUGAAGAUUUUUUUUACACACACACACACACACAUAUAUGGAUCACUCAGACCAAGGCAUUUGUUUCUUGUGUUUGUAAUCUCUAUAGGUGUUAACUAGAGAAUUGGACAGAAAGGAACUUUAUAGUGCUUCCAAAUGGCUUUUAAUUAUGUUUUGAUAUCUGGGAGAACCAUAGGUAGUAUCACUUUUCUCUAGUUGCAUUUGUAAAAUGCCUUCCCUAAACACUCACUUGGAAUAAAUAUAAAACAAGGUGAUAAUAUUACAUUUUUAUAAUACUGAGUUUACAAGUACAGUCAGUUUAAAAACAAUUUUUGUUCACAUUCCUGUGUUUGUUCUAGUGAACACAGUCAAGUCAUCCCAUGAAAUUUAAUACAUGAGGAUAAUCAUGAUUUUCCAGAACUACUACUGAUUUGUGUUUAAAGGGAGGGGGGACAAAGAAUAAAUGGUCAUUUCUCAUCAAUCCAUGCAUGUUUACAAUAGGAGCACUAAUAAAGAAUGGGAAAUUAUUUAUGUUGCUGACAUGGUGAUGCAAUUGUAAAAGCAUCAGCUAGUCUGUAAACUUAUGAUUAAUUUAUUUGCCUUUACCAUACCAGACUUAAGUGGAGUAUUAUAAAAUGAAAAGGUGGAAUGAGUGGAAUGACAGUGUUAAACUGGAAUGCAUGUAAUAAAAAUAUAAUUAUUAGUUGUGACAUUCACCUCUCUCUCUCUCUCUCUCUCUUUCUUUUCAAACACACACAUAUACCAUUGUGCUUUCACAUUGUUGGCUAGUCUUGUCAUAGGUGAAAAGACCUACCAAGGAAUUUCACUAAUCUUAUCAAAAUUACUUUUACCACCAUCAAAACUCUUAGAAAUUAUUGCUCAGCGUAGCACAUUUUGAAUUUGAUUUGAGUUUUAUUUUAAAUAAUACUCUGUCUACUGCAAUAAAUUGAAACAUAUGUAGCAUUCUGAUUCAGAAUUAUUGAAUUGAACUGUGAAAUUCUGUGUGGUGGUUGUGAACCAGUAACUAUGAAAAUAUAACAUAGAAAGGACCAUGCUUCUAUAUUUAUUUUUUAAAAAUCUGGUGCAAAUUGGCAUAAAAAUUGGUCAAACCGUUUUUAUUACAAUCCAUAGUCAUUCCACUCUUAUUCCACAUGGAACCCUCGGUUGUACUUAUACAUGUAUUAAUUUCAUGACAAAUGUUUGUUACCUUAUACAUUUUCAACAUAAUCAUAGAGUUUGGAUUUCUAUAUUUUAAACAUAAUAAAAUUGUUCAGUGGAUUGUAGCCCAUUCAUCAGAGAAAGCAAAGAGAUAAUCCCAUGGUGAAUAUGGUCAUAUAUUUCCCAUUAGGUGUUCCCUGUACAAAUAUUUAAGUGCUCACAGACAAAACAAAAAAGUUAUUGCAUAUUAAUGUACCACAUAACCAGUUUUUGACAGCAGGAUUGACAGCAGUUGGUGUAUGCUAGUCUAAACAAUUUCCUUAAUUGACACACAAAAAAUUCAGAAUUGAAUAGCAAGUAAGAAGGUUUUACAUAUAUCUAAAUCUGCUGCCUUAACCAUGUGGCUAGUAAAACCCAGCCAAGGAAUUUAGGAUGAGCAAAACUGUAAUCUGACAGCUCUGAAUACCAAGCACCAAUAUACCAGGUGCUCAUUCAUGCUACAGAAUAACAGUGCUUUUAUUUCACUCUGUCUGCCACAACCCCAUCCUAUGCGAUCCUGUGAUUUCAAGCUAUAAAAGUAUAUUUAGAAUAUAUUUAGAAUUCUCAGCUAGAGAACAAGAGUGCCUCACCAAACUACAGGUUCUAGAAUGCAAUCACAACAAUUUAAAAUGGAAUAAUGAAGCUAUAAUUCUGUUGUUAGAAUGGGCCCUGGUAAAGUAUCCAGGUAAUGUGCUGCAGAAUCAGAGUAUACAUGAUAGUAGCUUGUCCCUGUGGUUAGACCUAGAUUUGUCUCAAUACAUGAAGUUGAAGGGAAAGGGGGUUAGACCAAAAGGUAUAUAGAACUGCACUUACCACCAAUCUCUGAUUUCUCCUAGUGUUUUUCCCCUUUAACAUGUGCUUUCCUCUGGCAUUUAAGUCAGCUGAGAAGAGGGGAAAUCUUAAGCUGAGGAUUUAAGAAGAAAGCACAAUGGGUCUUAUGUCUAAGGAGACAUGCAUUGAAUUAGGCUGUGCAUCUGGAAACCUAUGCACACUUCCCAAGAAUAAAUGCUCUUGAAUUCACUGGAGUUUCUUCUGAGUAAAUGUGUUCAGGAUUACUGUAAAAGACCAUUUAAUGCAUCUUUUGAAGAUAGAACAUAAAAGUUUGAAUGGAAAAUCAGCCAUGUGUUUACUUCUUAAACAAUAUAUUUUUUACAAAAUAUAGAUUAUAAAGUAUUUAAGUUACAUUUUUUGAAGAUACAUAAUUUGAUUUCCCCACCAAACAUCAGUCAGAUGUGAUAAAGCUGUCAUUUAUGACAGUAAAAUAUUACCAGUUUAUUCUCUACUGCAUUUUAGUAGAGUAAGCUGACUAGUUAUAUUUUAUAUAUAUAUAUGUAAUGUAUGUAUGUAUGUAUAUGUAUACAUUUGUAAAUAUAUAGACUUGUUACACAUACAUGUUGAAAUCAGUUUUUAAAACAAGUGAUGUAAAUAGUGGUUUCUUUAAUGAAAAGUACAUAAUUUUGUAUUCUAUAUAAUGCAAAGGAAUAAACAUUUUAAUCUUUUUGUUAUGUAUAUUCUAUGUAUUAAAUGUAAAUAUGAUCACAUAGAUUUAAAUUUUUUGCAUGUGUGUAUACAGUUGCAAGUCUGGAAGAAUGUAUAAAAACAUUUUAUUUAAAAUUGUAAUUACCUGGUGCAUGACAAAUGCAUGGGGGACCCUGUGCAUCUCUGCAAUGGCAAAAAAUGUCUUAAGUCAAACGAGAUGUUUAUCAAACACAACUGUAUUCUGUUUCUGGACAUGACUUCUGCUGUGGUAUUUUAGCUCUGUGAAAGAAUGUGCUUCAAAUUAAAGGGUCUGGGGGGAAAAACAGCUUUUUUACAAAAACAAAUAGCACCUCCUUUCUGCCAGCCACAAACAUCAACUUUUUGAUUCCAUUUCAGACUUCUGAGAUUCUAUUCUAAUAUUGUCAUACAGUGUAAUAUCAGUUUUCAUUGCCAUAAAUAAGAAUUCUGGGGUUUAUGCAAUCUUUUUGUUGUGGAGUUUUCACUAAUUUAAUGGUUGUCAUUUUUAUUAGAAAAUGAUUUAUUCAUGUGAUGUCACAAAACUGUACAUACUGCAGUGUGAAGGUUUUUUUUAAUUCUUUCAGUGUUUACUUCCUGCAGAAAAUUUGAAUAAAUGAGAAAAAUGCAUUGAA